GUUUUAUGGAAAGUUGGGAUCCCAGGUUGAUCUUGCUGUAUCAUCUUCGCCACUGGCUCAAUUGUGUCUUGCCCUGUUCUAAUUCCAGAUAUGAAGACGAAAUCAACAAGCGCACAGCAGCGGAGAAUGAAUUUGUGACUCUGAAGAAGGAUGUGGAUGCUGCCUACAUGAAUAAGGUUGAACUGCAAGCCAAGGUGGACGCUCUCACAGAUGAGAUCAACUUCACCAGAGCCUUGUAUGACGCAGAACUGGCACAGAUGCAAACCCACGUCUCAGACACUUCCGUGGUCCUGUCCAUGGACAACAACCGUAACCUGGACCUGGACAGCAUCAUCGCUGAAGUCAAAGCCCAAUAUGAGGAGAUCGCUCAGAGGAGCCGGGCUGAGGCUGAGUCCUGGUACCAGAGCAAGGUGAGCCUUGAGUUGACAGCUGUGUCCCCUACCUGAACACCAGCAAGGCUA